AGUGGUGGGAGGAGCAGCCUCAGUUGGCAACCAGCCGUCAAAGCGAACAGCUGUGCGACCGCAACCACAACCAGAGCCGAACCAGAGGUGUGCAGAGCACCCGCCGACCACCGAGACCCUCUUUGUCACCGUAUUCCUCCGCACCCAGCGCCGCCCGUUGUCGACGAGCACCCCGUCAACAUGUCCGAGACCCACUUCGACGAGUACGAGCACUACAACUUCGACCAGGACAAGCUGGUCAACUCCGGCCACUCGGGCAAGGGACGGACCAAGAAGGAGGCGAGUGAGCACACCAACCACUUCGACCCCAGCGGACACUCGCGCAAGAUCGCCACCAAGCUGCAGAACACCGAGGCCAACGCCAAGCAGGCCAACGUGGCCGCUGCCGCCGCCGCGGCCAAGAAGAGCUAGUGGUGGUAUUGGACUCGACGGGCUGGGCGCUGGGCUGCCUGCCCUGGCCCCCCCGCCCCCCGCCUCCCCGCCGCCGCGGUGGCCCUGUCACCCUGUCCCUGGCGGACUCGGAGCGGCAAGGAGUUGAAUGGAGAUAAGGCAGGGCAGGCCGUUGUCACUGUGAUUGCUCGGUGUGGAAAAAUUGAUUGGUGUCAUGCGGAAGUGCCACGACACCGCGCUUGAGGCUGCAGCACGCUUACAGUGCACGCUGAUGGAUAGACUUUUCUUCGAUUCCUACUUAAUAUCAUGCUAAGGCUGUCCCAGUGCAGCUGAAUAGUGGAUCUCAGCUUUACUUUGUCUUUAUGUUGCCUUCCACUUAGUCACGUUUUAACGCACCUGGUAACAUGAUGUCUUUGUCUAGAAUGUUUUCAGUGUGUUUGUGUACUGUGCAGCAUUUAUAAAGUUGCCGGAGAAACAAGCGAAUUUGUUAUUUUAUGCAAGUGCUGCUUUUGUUUCCUGUGUUUUACUUUUUAAUUGUGUUUAAUGGUAAUUCUUGUUUAUUGAAAAUCUAUUUGUGAUGUCCAUUGUGUUCAUCUGAAUUUAAAGUUAAAUUAAAAUUAAUUAUUGCAA